AUGUCGCAACCGCACUACCCACCACAGCCAGUGCCACUUCCAUCAGUAUUUCGAACGUCGUCGGCUCCUGUGUGUCCGUCACUCCGCCGCCUCCUGCUACUGCUACUGCUCGUCGCCUCCAUUGUGUGUCCAGUCGUCGUCGUCGGUGCCUUAAUUUCUUCUCUGGUCUCCCUCUUCUCCGCCUGUGAACUUUCUCAUCAGCCAGUUGUUGUUAUUAUUAGGGGUAGAGGAAUUAACCAGGUUAAGCAUCAUUUGGCUGGAAAAGGCAGAGAUAUUGAGGCAUGUCGAAAGGUGCCAGCUGUAGUGAGACACCAAUUCAAUCAAAACAUUGAAGAUCUUCGAAACAAGAAAAGGAAAACUCAAGAAGAAUAUGCAGAAAGUUAUAAUGCUUGUGAUGAAGUUGAAAGAGAAUUUGAUGAGAUUGAACGUAAUGAGAUGCGACAACAACAAAAAUCAAGGCUUCCAGCACCUAGCUCUAGAAAAGGAAAACAACUCAAGGGUUUACAAUCUUUUUUUCCGUCGGCAGCAACACCUAGAGCUCAACCAACUAUCAAAAGUGUUCUCCAAAGCAAAGAAAUUAUGGAGAAGUGUGAUAUUGCUAUUGCGAGAUGGAUGAUGAAUGCCUCUUCACCAUUUAAUGCAGUUAAUUCAGCUUAUUAUCAGCUGAUGAUCGAUGCUAUUGCAAACAUGGGUGCAGGGUAUAAAGGGCCAAAUUACGGAAGAGUUCGUGGAUAUUUAUUGAGUAAAUUGGUUGAAGAUGUAAAAAAAAUGAUUAAAGAUUAUCGUGAGAUUUUAAAACAAACUGGAUGUACUAUCAUGGCCGAUGAAUGGACUGAUCGUGGUAGGCGUACCUUAAUUAAUUUCUUGGUUUAUUAUCCUAAAGGAACUAUUUUUCUAAAGUCAGUUGAUGCUUCUCAUCUUUCGAAAACUAUUGAUGCUUUGUUUAAGUUGCUUAGGGAUGUUGUAUUAUUUGCUGGUCCUGAGAAUGUUGUACAUGUAGUGACGGAUAAUGCUACAAAUUACAUUGCUGCUGGAAGGUUGUUGGAAUCGGAGUUUCCUAGAUUGUAUUGGUCUCCUUGUGCAGCACAUUGUGUUAAUUUGAUGUUUCAGGAUAUUGAAAAAUUAGAGGAAGUGAGUGAAAUUAUAUCACAAGCUUCAAUGAUUACGAAGUAUAUCUAUAAUCAUUGCCAUCCUUUGUACUUGAUGAGAAAGUUCACAGGUGGUCGAGAAAUACUUUAUCCAGCUCCAACUCGGUUUGCCACUAAUUUUAUUGCUUUGCAAAGUAUUUUAGCUCAAAAGGAUGCAUUGAGAGCUAUGGUAACAUCUAGAGAAUGGACAAGCUCAGCUUACUCUAAAGAAGCCAAAGCUAAAAAGUUUGUGAAUCAAGUCUUAGAUUCUAAUUUUUGGAAUCAAUGCACUGAUAUUGUUAAGCUUACUGAGCCAUUUGUUCGUGUCUUGCGAAUUAUGGAUAGUGAAGAUAGAGCUGCAAUGGGUUUCUUUUAUCAAGCUAUUUAUAAGGAUAGGAAAGAGAUGGUGAAGAGGUUUCAAAAAAGAAAGAGGAUUAUUGAUCCUUAUUUGAAGAUUUUAGAUACACAUUUGAAUUCUAAAUUGACAAGUGAGAUGAGAUUCUUUAAGAAUGCUGAACAAGAUUUUGGAAGACAGUCUGCAAUACACUACAACAAAGAAUGGAUAAUGGAAGAUUCACCACCAUUUUUAACUCUCGAAAAAGUUGAUGCUUUACGAAAUGAUCUUACAAAUAUGUCUCUUCAAUCAUCUUUAGAUGACUUUGAUCAAUUGAAUUUGGAAGAUGAUUGA